GAUCAGGGAUGUGCAUAUGGUCUUUGCUGCUUCCCCUGGUGUUUUCACUUGAAUCUCUCACUGGAAUAUGGAUGAUGCAAGCACAAUUAAAUGCCUCAGCCCAGAAAAAGUGGAAAGAUGUAUGAGCUCCAUGCAAGCGGGCACCCAGAUGAUCAAACUCCGUGGUGGCUCCAAGGGGCUGGUCCGCUUCUACUACUUGGAUGACCACAGGUCGUGCAUUCGCUGGAGACCCUCUCGGAAGAAUGAGAAAGCCAAAAUUUCCAUCGACUCCAUCCAGGAGGUGUGUGAGGGGAAGCAGUCAGAGAUCUUCCAGCGCUACGCCGAUGGCAGCUUCGACCCCAACUGCUGCUUCAGCAUCUACUAUGGGGACCACAUGGAAUCCCUGGACCUGGUGUCCUCCAGCGCCGAGGAAGCACGGACCUGGAUCACAGGGCUGAAGUACCUGAUGGCAGGGAUCAGCGACGAGGACAGCCUCUCCAAACGCCAAAGGACCAGAGACCAGUGGUUGAAGCAGACCUUUGAUGAGGCAGAUAAAAACGGGGACGGCAGUCUGAGUAUUAGUGAAGUGCUCCAGCUCAUGCACAAACUGAAUGUCAACCUACCCCGACAGAAAGUCAAGCAAAUGUUUAAGGAGGCUGACACAGAUGACAACCAGGGCACGCUGGACUUCGAGGAGUUCUGCGCCUUCUACAAGAUGAUGUCCACGCGGCGCGAUCUGUACCUACUGAUGCUCACCUACAGCAACCACAAGGACUACCUGGACACAGACGACCUCAAACGCUUCUUGGAGACUGAGCAGAAGAUGACAAAUGUGACUAAAGAACAUUGCCUGGAAAUCAUCAGCAAGUUUGAGCCAUGCCCGGAGAACAAGAAGGAGGGAGCCCUGGGAAUUGAUGGUUUCACCAAUUACAUGCGGAGUCCAUCGGGGGACAUCUUCAACCCAGAACAUUACCAUGUGAACCAGGACAUGAGCUACCCUCUGAGUCACUAUUUCAUUACCUCUUCACACAACACCUACCUCAUGGGAGAUCAGCUGAUGUCCCAGUCCAGGGUGGACAUGUAUGCAUGGGUGCUACAGUCUGGCUGUCGCUGCGUGGAAGUUGACUGCUGGGAUGGGCCAGACGGGGAACCAAUUGUCCACCACGGAUACACCUUGACUUCCAAAAUCCUCUUCAAAGAUGUGAUUGAAACGAUCAACAAAUAUGCCUUUAUCAAGAAUGAGUACCCUGUGAUCCUGUCCAUUGAGAACCACUGCAGCAUCGUGCAGCAGAAGAAGAUGGCUCAGUACCUUACAGAAAUCCUGGGAGACAAACUGGAUCUGUCCUCUGUGCACAACGAUGACUCCACAAAGCUCCCUUCACCAGCAAGUCUUAAAGGGAAGAUCCUGGUUAAGGGCAAGAAACUUCCAGCCAACAUCAGCGAUGAUGCAGAGGAAGGAGAAGUUUCUGAUGAGGACAGUGCUGAUGAGAUCGAUGAUGACUGUAAACUAAUGAAUGGAGAUGCAUCUGCUAACAGGAAAAGAGUGGAGAAUAUAGCAAAGAAAAAGCUUGACUCACUGAUAAAAGAAUCCAAAAUCCGUGACUGUGAGGAUCCAAACAAUUUUACAGUUUCCACGCUACCGUCCACAGGAAAGGCUGGGCUGAAGUCUGAUAGUAAAAAGAGUAAACUUGAGGAUGACGCAGAAUCCGGGGAAGAUUUCAGCGCCAGCAAAAGGCACAGCCGGUCACUCAUGGGCAGCUUUUCCAAACGCAAGAAAAAAGGAAGCAAAUUGAAAAAGGCAUCAAGUCUGGAAGAGGGUGAAGACGAUUCGGAUUCUCAGGGGAAUUUAGCCAGGAGCUCUGUACACUACAGCAGGGUAAACCGACAGAAGAAGACAAUGAAGCUGUCCAGGGCCCUGUCUGACCUGGUGAAAUACACGAAGUCUGUAGGCAUCCAUGAUGUUGAAACUGAAAUCUCUUCCAGCUGGCAGGUUUCAUCUUUCAGUGAAACCAAAGCCCACCAGAUCCUGCAGCAGAAGCCAGCACAGUACCUACGUUUCAACCAGCACCAGUUGUCCCGCAUCUACCCCUCCUCCUACCGAGUGGACUCCAGCAACUACAACCCCCAGCCUUUCUGGAAUGCUGGCUGCCAACUUGUUGCACUAAACUACCAGUCAGAGGGGAGAAUGCUGCAACUGAACCGGGCCAAAUUUAGUGCCAAUGGGAACUGUGGCUAUGUCCUCAAACCAAACUGCAUGUGUCAAGGUGUCUUCAAUCCAAAUUCUGAAGAUCCACUGCCUGGUCAAUUGAAGAAACAGCUGGUUCUACGAAUUAUCAGUGGUCAACAACUUCCCAAACCACGUGAUUCCAUGCUGGGAGACAGAGGAGAGAUCAUAGAUCCAUUUGUUGAAGUAGAAGUUAUAGGCUUACCUGUUGACUGCUUCAAAGAACAAACCAGAGUAGUUGAUGAUAAUGGUUUUAACCCCAUGUGGGAGGAGACGUUGGUGUUCACAGUCCACAUGCCAGAGAUCGCCCUGAUCCGGUUCCUCGUGUGGGACCACGACCCCAUCGGGAGGGAUUUCAUCGGCCAGAGGACAAUAGCCUUCAGCAGUAUGAUGCCAGGUUACAGACACGUGUACCUGGAGGGCAUAGAAGAGGCUUCCAUCUUUGUGCAUGUGGCUAUAAAUGACAUCUGUGGUAAGGCCAAACAAGCUCUAGGUCUAAAAGGGCUGUUUCUCAGAAAUCCAAAGCAGGCCUCUCUGGACAGUCAUGCUGCUGGGCAGCUCCAUCGCAAACAUUCCUUUAGCAGCCACAUCCUGCGACGGACGGCCAGCGCACCCACCAAGAGCCAGAAGAAGAACAAGAAGGGCUUCCCCGAAAUCACUUUUGACACCAAGGACAGCAGCUCUGCCGGGGCUGGAGAAGGGCGGGAAGUGGAAGCUGCCUCCCAGCCUCGCUUUGUGCAAGAGCCAGAGAGUGCUUCCCCGUCCCCAGCUCCCCGAGACGGCGCCGGUGGGGAGGCACCUGGCAAAGGCUUGAAAGAUGUCUGCCACUUCUCAAUCCAGAGGUCAGUCACUUCUUUAUGCAGCCUAGAAACGAUCACAGAAGAGCCUGUCCUUGCCAAUGAGAACCGUCACUGCAGCCUUCUCUUCCCUCUGCCCGUUACCCCUUACAGUGAUUCUGAGGAAGGAUCUGGGUCUGACCAUUCCACCGAAGCUCCAUCAGAAGGAAGUAGCACACCCAAGCAACCUCAAGAGCUCCUACCCUCCAGAGAACAAAGAACAAAUCUGGCUGCAGAAGACCAAGGGCAGGAUGUCCCAAGAGCAGCUGACACAAGUUUAGUAUCCCCAGAGGAUGAGAGGACAAGCGUGGCAGGAUGUCCCACAGAAGGAAACGGCUGGACACAGUGCAGUGAGGCUGAAGAGCAGGGUGGAUCAGCAGCACAUCCCCAAAAAGCCAGGCUGGUAGAGGCAGCAGAUCUCGGUGCUGGCCAGCCUGUAGGAAACUGCCAGAAGCAAAACAACCAACCAGGUCAGGUAUUAAUAGACAUGAAAAGCACCUCUGAAUCCAAAGGGCAAAACCUGGGUGCAGCGGCUGUUCCACCCCAGCAGAGCAAUGCCAAUAACGGCACGCAGGCAGAGUCUCCCCAUAAGGCCCGGGCUGCACAGGCUCUCCCUGUCCCUGUUUCUCAAAUGAGCUCUUACGUGUUGACAAGAAGGGCAAAGAGUGAAGGUCUGAAGACGUCAGACUCCUCAGCCUCCAUAAAAAUUCCAAGCAGCCGGUCUCCAGCAGCAGAAGUGUACUUUGAUGCCACUGUCAAUGACCGGAUCUGGAGCAAGCUGGACUGCGGCAGCCACCGUGACAGCAUGUCCUCCUUGUCCAGCAUGUCCUCCAACGACACCGUCAUCGACCUCUCCCUCCCCAGCCUGGCUCGCAAAAGCCUCCCGGACCUGGGCAUCCGCCAGGACAGCCUGGAGCCCCUGGCCAUCAGGAAGGGGAUGCGCCCACGCUCCGCCACCACCUGCAGCAACGAGAUGCCGAUGGUCAGCAAGAGCAAGUCCAACCCCAACCUGAGGUCUGGCCAGCUGCCAGCUGAUGAGCUGUGCCCCCGGCCCCUGGCCAGGAGCCCUCAGGACGCGUUCUCGUCCAUCCCUAGACGGCACACCUGGAGCAGGCUCUACAUGGAGAGUCUCAGGCAGUCCUCUAACAAAUCCAAAGCGCAUGACACGGUUGGGAACACCCAGACAAAGUCCAAAAGCCUUGGGGACCUUACAUCUGACGACAUCGUGUGCACUUUUGAAAGCAAAUACCGCAGCAUCAGCAGGAGCUUCGUCACCCGCUCCAUGCGGGAGCAGCGCCGCUCCUCGGGCCUGCGGCCCUCGGCCAGGCCCAGGGACGAACUGACUGAGCAGCUGAAGAAGCUGACAGCAUUUCAGCAGGAAAACGACAUCACCUCCCCCAUCAGCCUGGAGCCCAGCGAGUCUGAGGAGGAGGGGGAGAGCGUGGGGCUGCUGCGCCGGUCGUCGUCGCGCAGCCAGAGCCGCGUGCGCUACAUCGCCAACAGGGCCCGGCAGGCCCAGGAGAGGCAGCGCCUGCAGGGCCGGGCACAGCUCGGGGGGAGCCCCAUCGAGGAGAGGGGCAACCCCGAGGGCGCCUGCAGCGUGGGCAGGGCCGGCUGCACCGACCCCGCCGCCCACACCGCCCUGCCGGCCUCGCCCAAAGCCCAGCCCGACUGCGGGGCGGACACCGAGGUGUUCUUCAUGCUCAAACUGUGA